CAAAAAUUCGGUGUUCAUGCGCACAUGGCCCCGCAAAACCUCUUGUGUACGCACGAGACGUAACGACGAGGAGCCGUGUGCGCGGAAGUUUAAAGCAGUAGCGCAGUGAUGCCGUACCCGUCGAAUCGUCCGGGACGAUACGCUAUUCCAUCAAAUUCUUACGGGAAAAAAAAUCACUCUAAACGCGUCGCGAUCUCGUCGAAUAGUUGAGUCGCCAACAUUACUGUUUACCGUCAUCGCGUAGUGCGUCGUUAUAUUCACAUAAUUUUAAUAAUAUUUGUCGAUUUCCGCUGUUUUCGCCGUUUUUCGGACGUUCUACAGCCGUCGCGCAAGUUUUUAAUUUUUCAAUCGUCAUGCCACUGUAGCCGUGCGAAAACUAAUAGUCGGCCGGCGGCACGGGAAUAAUGUAUUUUCCAGCUGCCAUAUUCCGAAAUAAAUACUCUCGUCAUUCCUGCUAACGUAACCGAAGCACAACGUACAACCUGCGUCCUAAACCUAUUGUUACGUGUCUUAUUCGCCGUUCCGAUGGUGUAGUGACACGUUAAAGCAGCGAUAUGCGGCCGUCGCUAGUAGUUCGGACGGUAGACUAAGGACACCGUAACGUUCGAUUUACGAUGCCAGUCAUCUAAUGGCAACUCCAGUUCAUUCGCCCGAGUCAGACAAUGUUUACGAAAAAGCCUACUCGUUGGUGGUUGAAAUCAAUAGCCAAGUGGCUCAGUUCCGGGAACUACUGGUGCACAUCGGUACGGCUCGAGAUUCGCCGGAAACAAGAGAAAAAAUUCGAAAGUUACGAAGAGGAUGUGUGGAUACAUGCAAGCACACCAGUCAAUUACUCAUCCCUCAGAUGAGAGGGACAAAUUUAGAUUCGUCGCUAUUAGAUCACCCAGAGUUGGCGCUAUUGUUUUACCUGUGUCAAAUGAUGUUGAGAGAACUCGGAAAGUGCAGCCGUCUGGUGCAACUCAUCCCGAUGGAUAUGACUGGAUAUUUCGAGAACCGAGCUGGACCAUCGAACAUUGGUAAUGUCAUUAGUCAGAUACUUUUAUGCAAACAAAUCCAACCGGACUUCAAUCAAGAAGAAGUUUGUAGUAUAGCCAAAGAUAGUCAAGAUCUGGCAAAACUCAUCCAAGACAUGCAAGAAUUCCUUCCCCAGCAAGACACUGCAGCUGAAAAAAACGCGGCGUUAGAACCAGAAAACAGCAAAUGGAAACGAAAAGGAAGACGGAAUUCAAUAUACACCAAUGUCAGUUCAUGUUGUUGUUUUUGCAGGCCGACUUACCUUUGAUGUUUUAUAUUCGUUGCAUUGAAGCGCACACAAAAAACAUUAUUAUUUUUUCAAGCUCAAAAUAAUACCACCGUCUCUAUUAUCAGAGUGUUACAACAUUGUUCAAAUGAUCUGUACAAAAUCUUACCUAUGUAAAACGAUUCUCUAUUGAAGUGUAACCAUAUAUUGUUUUUUUUUUUUUUAUCGGUGUAAACAUCGUAAGUCUAAAACGCUCUACCAACCGUCUACCUAACCACGUCCAAAUAUGCUUCCACAGUUAUUUUUCAUUUUCAUAAAAUUAUUAUUCGCAACAGUAAGUAACAAAAAAUGUAUACCC